AUGACGGCCAUACUUCCCGCCUCGAAUGAGGGGCGCUCACGCUUCUCUCCGGACCCUUUGCGAAGUCCAAUCACUCAAACCUACUUCCUCGAAGAGCCCAAUGUUGCUACGGCCAAGUUCAAUCUGCCCGCAUACCAUCGCAAGGAUCGUUCUGAUGCCGUGGUGUCCUCGCCGUCGCGGUCAGAGUCUCCAUCCCCAGAUUUCACUAUUACAGCAGUGGGGAAUCUCCCUCCCACGCCUGCAUCUCUGAGCAGUUUAUCUCUUAUGAGUGAGGACCAUGAUGACGACGAGUUGGUUCUACCUUCGUACGAUUCCAGUCAAUUCGCACAAAAGGAGCCCGAAGCCCUCAGUGAUGUGUCUGUGGACUCCUCGGCGGACUUUGCACGCUUGACACAGGCACCAGCUGCUGAUGAUAGUACGAUCGAGGACGAGCCAUCGAGGCAUGUGGAUUACCUUUCUCAUGAAUGGAGACAAGAGGAUAUUUGGGCGUCGUGGCGUUAUGUCGUGGCUCGGAGGAACGUUUACGAUAAUGGGACAAGGCUAGAGAAUGCCUCGUGGAGGACGUGGGCUAAGCUGAAACUCAAUCUGGGCACAGUAUCGCCAGAAGCCCUCAACUGGCUGAAGGACUGCGAUGUAACGUGGUUGUACGGACCCUUAAAGACAUCCAAUAAGCGGGAGAAGGCAUUCAAUGGCUCUCCUCCUCCCAGCCGUCUAGAGACACCUACCUUAUAUCCGGAUAGGAAACCGAUUCUGAAGAAGAGGACGGCUUCUGAGACUAUCUUGCAGCGUUCUCUGUCCCAGCAUACACUCUUGCAACAUGCGGGUGCCAUUCUAAAAGCACAGGAGGCUGAAAUCAACCGUAAUCGUCCCCCAUUACAGAGGGCCUCCUCGGAGUAUGGACAUCUACUUAGCAAAUCGUCCACCACUCCCGUGGGGGGUACCGUUAAGGGUACCGCCACAAAUACGUCAACGUCGGCCACUCCUAGCGAACGACGGCAUAUUCACUUCAACAACGAGGUGGUGCAAUGUAUCGCUGUCGAGGCGAAAGAGGAAGACGAUGGAUGGCCUGUUCAUUUUGGGGAUGAGUCAUCAGAGGAUGGUAUCGUUAUGAUGAAACACAUCCAUUCCGACUCGUCGCUCAGCGACAAAGGUACGCCUCGUGGUAGCCUUGCUGGCGAAAACAAAACCAUCGCCCCGCUUCCUUCCACCACACUCAAGUACCGAUGGGAUGCGUCAGAUCAUCCGGAUUUGCAAGAUUGUCGAGGGGAUGCCCGUGCGAACCGACAAUCCACAUCAGAAUCGCCAGCAUCCUCAAUAAUGGGUCGGUGGUCCAGCUACUUCUCAAACUCCACGUCUCCUACUUCAUCCGGAGCCGAGAAAUCGACGCGGACAAAUGGACGAUCUGGCAGGAACAUUGCACCAUCUGCCAAUUUUCUGCUUGAUGAAGAAGAGAAUGACAUGGAAUUUGACUGGGAACCAAGCCGCAACUCAUAUGGCCUAGGGAGUCUAAGCCGUCCUUGGUUUGUGAAUCCAGAAGAUGAUGAGGAGCUCGAUUACUACUUCCAUUCGAUGUCUCCGGGAGGAAUGACACCCAAUGAAGAAGAUGAUGAACCAUUGAGUGCAAGCAUCUUUGACCGUGUGGCGGACACCGUAAACACAGCCAAGGAUAUUGCACAUGUGAUAUGGAACGUCGGCUGGCGGCGGUGA